AUGUCUUUCUUAAGUUCUUUCACUUGUUUUAUUUUCUCUUUAUACAUUUUUUUGGUCAUUUCUAAAUGUCACUGUGAUGUUAAUGCUAGCCAUAUCACAUCAAAACUAGUGAUUGAUGCUGGUUCUGGAAGGCUUAUUCCGGAUACAUUUUUUGGAGCAUUUUUUGAAGAGAUUAAUCACGCAGGAGCUGGAGGAUUAUGGGCAGAACUUGUGAAUAAUAGAGGUUUUGAAGCAGAAAGUUCCAUUAAUGGGACCUCAAAUAUUUACCCAUGGACAAUUAUUGGAGAAAAUCAAUCAUCCAUUAUUGUAUCAACAGAACGUUCUUCUUGUUUUGAACGUAACAAAAUUGCAUUACGUAUGGAUGUUCUCUGUCAUAAAAAAUCUUGUCCACAUGGUGGUGUUGGUAUUUCCAAUCCAGGUUUUUGGGGAAUGAAUAUUGUGGAAGGGAAGAAAUAUAAAGUAGUGUUCUAUGUUAGAUCACUUGGUCCAAUUAAAUUACAAGUUUCAUUUGUUGGAUCUGAUAAUGGUGUCAAAUUAGCUUCAAAAAAAAUAAGAGCUUCUGGAGUUAAUGUUACAAAGUGGAGUAAGAUGGAAACAAUUCUUGAAGCCAAAAGUACUAAUCAUAAUUCAAAUCUACAAAUAACAACAACCAAAAAAGGAGUAUUAUGGUUAGAUCAAGUCUCAGCCAUGCCUUUAGAUACAUAUAAGGGUCAUGGUUUUAGAAAUGACCUUUUUCAAAUGGUGGCAGAUUUAAAGCCAAAAACUUUUAGAUUCCCAGGUGGUUGUUAUGUUGAGGGAAAUUAUCUAAAAAAUGCAUUUAGGUGGAAAGAUACAGUUGGAGCAUGGGAAGAGAGACCUGGCCACUAUAAUGAUAUGUGGAAGUAUUGGACCGAUGAUGGAUUUGGUUAUUUUGAAGGACUUCAAUUAUCAGAGGAUCUUGGUGCAUAUCCAAUAUGGGUGUUUAAUAAUGGUAUUAGUCACCAUGAUGAAAUUAAUACGUCUGAAAUUUCACCAUUUGUACAAGAAGCUCUAGAUGGUAUUGAGUUUGCUAGAGGUUCUACUCAAUCAAAAUGGGGUUCUCUUAGAGCUUCCAUGGGACAUCCAAAGCCAUUUGAUUUGAGAUAUGUUGGAGUUGGAAAUGAAGAUUGUGGUAAAUAUAACUAUCUAGGAAAUUAUCUCCAGUUCUAUAAAGCUAUAAAAUAUAGAUAUCCUGAUAUUCAGAUCAUCUCAAAUUGUGACGGUUCUCAAUAUCCAUUAAAUCAUCCCGCCGAUCUUUAUGAUUUUCAUAUUUAUACAAAUUCUAAGGACAUGUUUUCCCAAUAUACCAAGUUCGAUAAAGCACCACGAUCUGGUCCGCCAAAGGCAUAUGUUAGUGAGUAUGCUGUUUGGAGGGAAGAUGCAGGUAAUGGAAGCCUUUAUGCAGCUUUGGCUGAAGCUGCAUUUCUUAUUGGACUCGAAAAAAAUAG